CUUCAUGUGUUUUGUUUAUUGUUGUGUAAUAUGUUUAUGAUUUUAACCAAACAAGACUCCCCUUUCUCCUUAUUUUUGUUUUGUUUUCUUUUCUCUUUUUCUAUCUCUUGAACGUCUUUAUCACCUUCUUUCAUACUCUUUUUAGUUUUGAAUGAGUACAAUAUUAAAAGUCAGUAGCGAAGAGACCAAUUCCCGCGUUUCGUUCUCAACUCAGGUUCAAAACUCUCUUUUCUGCUCUACUACUAAAAAUACUACUGUUAUCAAGGCAACAGUAAAGCACGUUGAGAAAAUUAUUGUACCUACACCUCCCACUCCUUUUAAUAAAGAUAUGAACAACACCGUGCUGGCAUGGUUACAACAAGAAUUAGCAGUCUAUGUAGACUUGAUGCUCAUGACAACUUUGCGCGAUCUGUCAACCAAAGACUAUUGGCUAGGUCGACCUUUAAUAUGUUUAGCUCAUCGCUUCUUUCCAGAUGCUGUCCCAAACUUACGAGAACAACUUGAACACCAUGUCACAAGUCACUUACGAGCUAUUGAGUUGUUUAAAGAACGUUUAGGCGUUUUAUUGAACGAUAACCUCGAUAUCUAUUUUGGUCAAAUUCAAACUGCACUUGAACAACAUGAUGUGACACUCGACACAAGCAUGGUAGAACAACAGGCAAUUCAUAUCUUGGUGCCUUUAAAUCGAUUGUUUCAUCAACUGGUUGAGAUUGUGCGUCAAGAAUCAAUUAGUCACCUAUCAUCACCGACACCACAACGAUCCCCUUCACCACCACGUAUACAGGAAGACACCAUCAGUCUAGAAGACAUUGAAGUUUCAUUGAAGCAAUUGGAGGCUCAAGAUUUAAAAGUGUUUCAAGCGUCUGUAUCGGAGUUGCCUGCUUUACCUUUUGCAUUAGCAAGACGUAUCUCAGUCGUGGAUGCAACGCAUGCAGCCCUGAUCCUGCAGCUUCAACAAGGGAAUAUGCGUACAGGUAUUGAAUUCAGCACAGCAACGGCCUAUAUCCGGAACGAGCUUGAGUUUAUUCAGGCCAAGAUGCUCAAGACAACCACCACUGAUGUAGGCAUUCAAGAUUUAGAGGCAAGGUCAACCAAGGUCGGUAAACUCAUCGACACCAUGCGUGAACGAUUCAAGGAACACUUGGAACAAGACGAUCAACAACAACAAGAUCAGUUCAGGUCAUUGUAUGAGAAAUACCAGCUCAUUAUGAGUUGGGUUGAUGAAGUACGUGUCUGGUUUGUUGAAGCAGAACGUAUUCGUGGUUGGAUAGAGACCCGUAUUGAGCAAUUGGAAUCCAAACCACUGAAGCACCCUUUGGACGAUAUUGAAUAUGAAUACACACUGGACCAGAUUGCAGCAUGGAACGCAGAGCAUGAUGAACUCGAUCGCGAAGUGCAAGCGUUUGAUGCUCAGGACAUGACCCGUUUACGUGCUCAUGUCAAGACACUCACUUCAGCAGGGGAUCAAGCCAAAGACCUGAGUCCGGCAGAUACAACCACGAUUGAGAUCACAUUCACCACACUCAUGACGUUGGACCGUCUUAUGCACCUCUUACGUCGACACGCUUAUGACUUGCACAUGCUAACACUGCGCAUGGCUUGGGAACAGGCCCAUGAUCAAGCGGUGGCCUGGGUGCGUCGAACGACAGAUGAGGUACGCCAAUUCGUACAGCAAAAAGCACGUUGGAGACCACCACCCUUGGUCGUCGUGAGUUUACCGCCUGAUACAGACACAAAAAACGACAUGAUCAAUACGUUGAUUGAAUUUGAAAAACAAUGUGCUGCCUUUGAUCAGGGCCAGUUUACAACCACUGUAAAUGCCUAUCAAGAUCUAGACGAUGCCUGUCAUGUUGAACUGCCGAGUCAUUUAGAGUCCAGACAAGUGGCUAUUGAAGAGGCAUUUGAAGAACUCACACAUCGUGUUGGGUUUGCAAGACAAGUGGUCGAACAGUUUUUGGUGGUCACUGAUUUCUUGGAAAAAGCAGAUCAACUCAAAAGUGAAGGAGAGCAAUUGAGGCAAAAAAUCAGUCAUGUAGAGGAACAAGAGUUAUUGGAGCAGCACGAUAAAAUGAAUGAAAUCAUGUCGACCAGCGAAUUUAGUGAAAAAGUAGCCUUGUUUCAAGAAAAUGCAGUGCGUUUAGUGACAGGUGUGGCUGCUCGUGUGCCUUAUCCUGAAGCAACACAUCCAACAGACCAACAGGCGAACGACGAUGCUAAUGAAGUUAUUCGUAUGGUCAUGGGCGCACGUAAAUCUGCUUUAGUCUUGUUUGGUGAAGCCUUGGAUCAAAGCCUAGCUUCUUUGCGUCGUGCGAUUCAGCUACAAAAGCGGGCUAAGCAGAUUCAAGAUGAAGUCACUCGUUUGACUGGCUGGGUGGAUGAACGUCUCAAGGCAAUGGAAAAGUCUAAAAUAGACGUGUUUGUUGCUGGUAAAUGUGCUUUGGAUGAUACGGAUGUGGCUCGCUUAAAAAAAGAACGAGAAGGUCAAGUUGCCAAGUUGAACGGUAUCAGAGAAAACGAUGUAAAGCGUCUGGAAGAAAACUUGUUUGGCUUUCAACAGUCUUCAUCAGCACAUUAUCCCAACAAUACGCAUGUUGCAUCCCAGAUCACUCACCUGCAUGAUGCUGUAUCCUAUCUUGAUAGUCAACUGAAUCAUCUGGAAGAGACCCUCAAAGUACAUGGUACACGAUUGGAUAUCUUGGGUCAGCGUAUCUCUUGGGAAAGUCAGCAUACAAAAUCCACAGUUUGGGUGUCCAAUACGAUCUUUGAAGUAUGGGAUUUCAUAUCUCGCAAAGCACAAUGGAGAGCCUCUACAACCUUAGAUGACUUUGAGGAAGAUCAAGUGAUGGUUGACCAAGAAUUCAAAGCCUUGCAUUCAAAAAUACUUGCAUAUCAUGAAACUCAAUUUACACUUGUCCAACAAAAGUUUGAAGAGUUAGUUUCUGGAUUUGAAUCUUUAGCAAGCAAAAGUAUGCCUCCUGAGCAUCUUCAAAGGCGCCAAGAUACUCUCAAUCAAAACUUUCAUAAUCUACAAGAUUUGCUUGUGUAUGCUCAACAAGUAUUGGAUCAACAUAUUGCAUUGACACAAUUUACAGAUCAAGUCAAAGUAUUAUCAACUCAAGGUUUGAGUCUUGUCAAUGAUAUUCAACAAGCACUUGCACGCGUGAAUGAACCAACGAUUGAUGAUGUUCAGCAACAAUUGGUUCAGUCUGUUCAAUUGUUUGAUCAAGAUGUUGUUCAGUUAUGGAUGCAGUCAGGUUCACAACUGCCUUAUCCUCAGUGCCCUGAAGAUGCCCGCAGCACACGCCCUACCACAAACGAUGAUGAAGUGUCAACAGAAGUAGCUACAGCUGUCUAUCGCACUUACACUGAACUUCAAGACUUGGUCAAGCAGAUGAAUGAGCUGCUGCAACGACUAAGUACAGGCAUUCAGCACCGUAUUCAGUUAAAAGAACAGUACCAUCAAGUAGAGAUUGUGAUAGAGACGAUGUUGACUAUCAUGCAAAGUAUCACCAUGUAUAGUUUUGAUUUGACAGUACAUACAGUGACACUAGACCAUCAACCAGUUGAACUCGAUGCAUGUAAACAAGCACACGCUGAAUUUGUGAAGCAAAUACAACAGUUGCAGACAAAUGAUUAUGAGCCAUUAUUGAAGCAAUGGGAGGAAACACAAGCAGCUUUGGUAUCUGACCAAUGUGAUGCCAUUGUGAGUGUCAAGGCGAACCAAGCAUUGAUGGUGAACUUGAGCACUACUUGGGAAUCCCUAAAUCAUCAUAUACAACAAUGGGCACAGCAAUUACAAGUCUGUAAUCAUCGUAAGGCUUGGUACGAUGUAUGGAAGCAUCAAUGGCAAGUCCUAAAUCAGUUACAAGAGAAUGUGCGUGAAUGGAUGAAUGAAAAACACUUGUGGUUGUCUAAUGAAGACCAUCGUCAAGACCUUCAAACAUUAGUCGAUCGUCUUGAAGAAUACAGUGCAACACUGGAUCAACAUAUGCAAGAAGAGUUACCUGCUGUGACUUCAGCACAUGACAAGCUAAAGCAUUCAUAUCAAGCUUUGUCUACAAGCUCAUUCGAAUCAGAUGCUGUCGUUGGUGCGCUGGAACAAUCUGAUCUUGAUAAGCUGGUCUCUAAGCUACUUGAUUUGAUCUCUACUCAACGCUCUGAUAUUCUUAUGAUCCAACAACGUCAUGAUUGGGAAACAAGCGCGGAUCAAGUACUUGGUGAGUGUUUAGCCAAGGAAAAAGCAAUAGAGCAGUUUAUCAAGACGUGUGCUCGCUGGUCGCCUUCUCAAGAACCAUCCUGCUUGAGUCAAGAAGGAUUGGCAGUCAUGGAUCAAGCUACAACUGAACAAGUCAAUGCUAUCCGCAACCUCUUACAUGCGUCUGAACAACUUAAACAAUCUACAGAACCUGUUACUCGACGCAUAUCAGGACUGGAAACAGCCCAGGAACGCAUUCAGCAACACCAUGCGUUUAUGAACGAAGUAGUUGCACAGCAUCAUCUUAUUCACACUUGCCUUGAUAAAGUGAACGAGAUUGAACAAUUGGCUGAACUUACCCGAACUCGAUUCUUGUCGCUUGCACCUGCAGAUGAUCUUGCUGAAAAUGAGGAUCUAGAGAGUUAUAAACAACGCGUACAUGAAGUCCAUAUCCAUAUCCAGACAGCCAUGAAGUACCCUGUCCGUCAGUUCCUUGACCAUGAUGCACAAGCCAAAGAUGAGGACAUGACGCAUAAUGCCUCUGUUGCUGAAAUGAUUUCUGCUCGCCAAUCUCGACUUGUUGAACUUGGUCACACCUUGAGUUCUAUUCUCAAGUCAAAGGAGCGUUUAUCUCGUCGACAAGCAGCUGAAGCAUCGUACAAGGCAGAAGCUGAGGUGGUACGUGAAUGGAUUGCUGCAAAGCAACAAGCUUUGGAUGAACAACACAAGCCUUCUCAAGACACGGAAAGCUUGAGAUCUGCUGUAAGUGCUAUAAAUGGACUGUCUUCUGCCAUUACUGCUUAUGCUACUUCAGUACAUGGUCUUGGAGAAGCAGCCACUAAAUACGUUUCUGUCAUUCAACAACAACUUCAAGCUGACGAAGAUGAUACGGAGCAAGUCAAAGCAAGUGUAGAAUUAAUUCAAUUUAUGCAGUCAGAGAUCAACACGGCCUGGAAGACAUUAACUGACAAUGCAGCCAAAAAGCAACAUGAAUUCUCCAAGGAUCUUCGUUAUGUUGAAUUUAUUCAUUUGGCAGACAAUUUCAAAGCAUCAUGUGAACAAUUGACUACCACCAUAACAAGUAUGUCCUUGGAAGAAAUGUCAGAAGAUGUAGUGAAUCAAUGGCAAAAAGAGAUACAGACACUAGAUAACAAAUCACUUGAAGCAAUAAAGUCGCGCGUUCGUGAGGAAGUUGUGUUGUUGGGUCAACAAGAUCCUUCUACUUCCAUCAUGCAAGCCUGUCUUGAUGAAUGUGUUCAACAAUACGAUGCGGCCCGUGUCUUGGCUCAAGAACGAUUCACAGAAGCAAACCAUCACCGUCUCAAAGCAGAAUAUGUUAUCGGUGCUGAUACACUGAGCAACCUUUUGACAGAAACCGAAAUAUCACUUGCUGAACUUGUAACUAAUCCUCCUGUGGUGAUUCGUGGACUUGAUUUGGUGCAAGACAAAGCCUUUUUGGAUCAAUUGACAGAACGCUACAAUCGACUCUGCCAAACAUUUGAUAACGAGCUUCACGAAAAGUAUGAUGAACAGCGUUCUCUUUAUCGAUUUUUACAGUUGAACAAGGUCUCUGACUUGGAAGCCAUUGAUCAAAGACACACUGAUUUGGAACGACACUGGAAACAAAUCAAAACAGAUCUGACGCAAGAUAAGCAUCAGUGGGUCGGUCAAAUAGCUCAAUGGUAUGACUUGCAUCAAAAACUGAAUGAAAUGCAGCAUGAUUCUUUAGCUGGUAUCAUAGGCCGCCUUGAGCAAAUGGACAUAGCCACCAUUUGUCUGGAUGAACAAGAAACGGCUACUCUACCUAUUUUCUUGGAACAAGAUACAGCUCUUUUGAAUCUACUCAAGCACCGUAUGACAGCUUGCUGGGACGUUGCUCAAGAUCUUUCUGAUACAGACCAAAACUUGACUUGUUUCCGAGAAUGUUAUGAUGCCCUGGAUCAACAGAUCAAGGACACAGAAGCACGCUUAAAUGAUACAAAGCAUGCUGCUCAGCAACAAGUAGAUUGGUUGAAUUGUCAACAAGGUGUAAAGUCAUUUGCUUUGUCUGUAGAGCAAGAAAUUGAGUCGCUUGAAGACGGCAUGGAUAUCUUGGCCUCUCAUGUGGUUGAUGAUAUGGAUACCAAGGCAUUGGAAGUCAUGUAUCGUCAAGCAGUAACAAAUUAUGCUGUUUCUGAAUCAAAACAAAAGGACCUCUCUCAACAAUUUGCUGUACUUAAUGCACGUAUUGAGGCUUUAGAAAAUAUGUCAGUACCUGAGCUCAAGACUGAAUUAGAGGAAGCACUGGCUGAUGUGGAAGAUACUGCAGCAGAUAUGUGUAUUGUCAAUGACAUGAUCCGUCGCGUAGUUGGACUUGGAAAAAGUUCAGAUAAUAUUCAAUCAUGGCUCACGAAUUGCUCUCAAGCGAUUGAUCAUCUGUCUCAAUUAUCACCUCAAGAAGAAGGCGAGUCCGUAAUUGCGCUUGAAUUGGCCACGUUGUCUCAAAAGAUGACUGAUUUUGAGAAGGUGAUGCAGUCAUUCCGCGACAUAGAACAAGAACUGCUUGCAAUCAAAGAAGACAAUGAUAAAAACGAGAUGCAAAAGGUUGUUUCUGCUCUCAAGGAAAGAGUUAUUCUUCCUAUCACAGAUAAGGUGGAAGCUCAAUGGAAAGCAACACAAGAUGCAUUGAAAGAAGUAGAAGUUCAGGUGGAAAAGACAACUCGUGGUGUUGCUAUUGCUCGCAAGAUGAAGCAUUUGAUGGCUCUUGUGGGUGAAACAAGAGAGUUUGUGCACAGCAUUCAACUGUUUGAUUAUGAUCUUUCGAGCACUAUUGGCAUGCCCAUAAUGGAUGAUCAAGAUAUGAUUGAAGAGAGUAGUAUCAUUGUUCAUGAAGAGAUCCAAGAGAACAAGCUGGAGGAUCUUAGUGUGGGUGAGCAAGGCGAGUCUGUUUCGAACGAUCAAGAUCUUUCUUUUUAUGCAGAACAAGAUGAAAAGAAAGACACUUCUCGAAUCCCACCCAUUAUGUCCAUGCCUCGUCAACGGGAUAUUGAAAUCAUACAAGUCAACUUGAAGGCGCUUGAAUUUGAAAUGAAGCCUCAAAUCAAACAAGAACUCAAGGAACUAAAUGCCAUAAUGGCUAGUCAUGACAUGGAUCUUACAUUCAAGCAGCAACAUAAACAAGUCAAGGAAUCAGUUCAGAGUUUGAUGGACUUGCUCAAUAAGACGCAUGUCACUUUGAAGAAGUCGUUAUCGAUUGGCAAAUAUUUAGCCAUGGUGGACGAUUUAGAGAUCUUGCAAAGCUCCUUGGAAGAAGCAGUGAGUCAAUCAGCACCUCAUCAUACAUUGAUUGCCAGCAGCACAACUUUCAGUCGUACUGAUUUACAAGCCAAGUUGAUUGAAUUAGAUGCUCGCUUCAAGUAUUAUGAGCGCAAGAUUGUGCGGAGCAUGGGAACAGCUAAAGAUCAGAUAAGAGAAGUGACUCGAUUGUCACCUAAGGGUGGUGUCCAUGUCAACGAGCACUUUAAACAAAUGGAACACAAGUGGGAGCGCAUUAAGAAACAAUUCAAGACGAGAAAGAUUGAAUUGAGCCGUACUAUUGAUACAGCUGCUGACAGUAACAAGGAUCAACAAUCUCGUAUUCGUAAAUCAUCUUUGCCAACUCGUAAAGCAUCUUCUUUGCUUCGUGAACGAGCAGAUGUAUCUCUUUUGAGACAGCAGCAUCAAAGGCUAUCACCCACUAUGAGCAGUACGUCCUCCACCUCUUCUUCGACACGCACUACAAGCAGCAGUCGAAUAUCACUUGUGCCACAAGGUGCCAAUCGGUCCAGAUACUUGGCUCCACCUACUAUUCAACAACAUCAACCUUCUAAAUCUGCCACAAGUCUCAAGUCGCGCACAUCAAGUCAACCUCAACAGCCUAAACCCCCAUUGAACUCAUACGUUGCUGACCCAGAUAAUGAUUUGGAUAUGGAAAUUGGCCGUAUUGUGAAUGAGACGCCCUAUCGUGUCAAGGUCAAGAUGGUACCAGGUGAAGUAGGUCGUUAUUGGUUUGGUGAUGCAAAUCCUAAGCUUGCUUAUUGUCGUGUACUGAAGAGCAAGAUGGUCAUGGUACGUGUCGGUGGUGGAUGGACAGAACUUUCACAGUUCUUGAGAGACCAUGCUUUGCUUGAAGGCGACUUUAUUCCACGCCAAAACCGAGUCUUGAGUAACAUCAAUGCAGUUACCAAGGGCAAUAGAAAUAUGAUACCCGAAGAAGACGAAGAACCCAAAUCACCAACGAUUCAAGAAGGUUUUAUUGAGACGCAUCGUGCACAACCUCUUCGUCAUCAUCGCAGUGUAUCACCCAACACAUUGCAACAACAACAACAACAACAGCCUGUGACCGGAUCUCCCAGUCAUUCAGCAAGCACAACGACAUCUCAUCAUACACCAGGAUACAAGGAUGGCGACAAGUUUAUUGCUGUAGACCAGCAUGGAAACCAAUUGGAGGUCAAGAUGCGACGAGCAGCCAUGAAUUUUAUGAAUGCAAGCAGUAGUAGCAGUACAAAUAAUAGCACAACAACGGCAAAUAACAGUAGCACAAGUAGUAGUAAUAUGAAUGAUUAUACCAAAAGAAGAAUGGCACGAAGAAAGAAGAAGCUUGCUACAAAUACCAGCUUGUCUAAUGACAAGCAAGAUGACAUACUUAAUACCGCUGAAAAUACACCUAAAUAAACAU